CUUGCGUCAGGGGAGGGAUGGGAGCCCGUCAAGGGUUUGGCAACUUCUGUGCUCCUCGGGGUUUCCGCUGCGUGUCUGCCUCCUCCUGGCACGGGGCAGGGUGAUGCUGGGCUGGCCACGUGGCAGUAAACGUACUCUCAGGACAGGGCUGCCUUUGUCCAGGGCGGGCAUCUGCACUCAUGAGCGCGUCCCAGCGCUGCGCUGAGCAGAGGGGGUUCAGGCCCUCCUCCUGGCACAUGAGAAGGCAGCUGCUCCGUGUUCUGUGCUGGCUCACUGAGGAAAUGUUUGUGGGGAUGGCAGGUGGAAGGCUGGUGCCCCGGCUGGGAGGCGAGACCGUGUCAGCUAACGGGCUGCAGAUGCAGAGAGCGGUCCCCAGAGUGGGACGCGGGCACUCGUUACUGAGCCCAGGGCUCAGAGUGAGCUGUGGGUUACGUGGGCCCUUAGCAUCACGUGAUCACAGAACAGAGGUGGCCCCGAGGCCUGGGCCUCCCGUCUCCCCUCCCCUGGAGGAAUUCCUGAGCCUGGGCUUCUCCUCCUGGCUGGUGAGGCCACUCCUCCCUCCCAGCUGUUGUGUAACUCUGGAGGCCCCAGUGGGACUUUGGUAUGUAUGUUGCUCAGCAGGUUGAGUUCUGCACUGGGCAGUGUCUCUAGAUUGUAGGGAUGGCCUGUGAGGGCUGCGCUUGAUGGGGUCAGCCCUCAGGGUGAGCUGGGAGGGAAGGGGUGAGCUUGUAGGACAUGCCCUGGGGAGGCCGCUUCAGGGUGCCACCAGGAGAGCCGCGAUGUAACCCCGUUCCUCCUGCCCUGUUCCCCGUGUCUGCAGACACUCUGCCUCUGUGAGCUCCCUGCCAUCGCCUGGGAUGGCUCUUUGUGUGUCCAUCCUUAGGGGGCGUGAGGCUGGUCCACUGCUGCCUUGCGACCCUGGAGGACUCCUGUGGCCCCUCCCUGCUGGGCCCUGGGAGGCUCUGGGGCUCCUCUGAGGGUGGUUGGAGUGGGGCUGCCGUGCUGUCAGGGAAUCCUGGAUGUUCAGAAGGAGCUGUUUUUCCACAACCAGUGGAACCCUGAGGCAGCGUCUCCCAGGUGCUCUGUCACCUGCCCUGGCGUGCCUGAAGGUGCAGAGUCCUGGGCCCUGCCCCAGACCUUCAGACGGCUGUGUGGGGCAGGGCCCCAGCUCAUGUUUCUUUGAGAAGCACCGCCUCCGCCUCCGGGUUUCAGAAGCCACAGGGGUCCAGUAUGUAGAAGGAAGGCUCAUUGUGCUUGACACUGGUGUCUGAGACGGCUGCCGUUGCCAGGGAUCCGGGGACACAAGGGGCAGUGUCACCUCCAGUCCCCUCCAGGGCUGCGUGGGGGCCUGGGCGGCAUGGCGCCCUCCGACCAGGUGGCGGAGAAGCAGGUGCCCCCGGAGCCCGAGCGGGGCCGCGAGCUCAAGUCCUGGCGGUGCCUGGUGUUCUACCUCUGUUUCUACGGCUUCAUGGCGCAGAUGCGGCCUGGGGAGAGCUUCAUCACGCCCUACCUCCUGAGCCCCGACAAGAACUUCACGCGGAAGCAGGUCACCAACGAGAUCACGCCGGUGCUGUCCUACUCCUACCUGGCGGUGCUGGUGCCCGUCUUCCUGCUGACCGACUACCUGCGCUACAAGCCGGUGCUGCUCCUGCAGGCCCUGAGCUACAUCUGCGUGUGGCUGCUGCUGCUGUUCGGCACCUCCGUGCUGCACAUGCAGUUCAUGGAGCUCUUCUACAGCGUCACCAUGGCUGCCCGCAUCGCCUACUCCUCCUACAUCUUCUCGCUCGUGCGCCCCGCCCGCUACCAGCGCAUGGCCGGCUACUCGCGCACGGCGGUGCUGCUGGGUGUCUUCACCAGCUCCGUGCUGGGCCAGCUGCUCGUGACCGUGGGCCGGCUCUCCUUCUCCAUGCUCAACUACAUCUCGCUGGCCUUCCUUACCUUCAGCCUGCUCCUCGCGCUCUUCCUGAAGCGCCCCAAGCGCAGCCUCUUCUUCAACCGCAGCGCCCCUGUGCGCAGCGGGGCCUCGCCCUCCGAGCUGGACCAGAUGAACGUGGGCCCCGGCCGGCCCGAGGGCAGGAAGCUGGGCUGGACGCUUCUGGACACCGUGCGGAACUCGACCCUGGUGCGCAUGCUCUGGGAACUGGGGGACAACCUCCGGCUGCCGCAGCUGCGCCUCUGGUCCGUCUGGUGGGUGUUUAACUCGGCUGGCUACUACCUGAUCGUCUACUACGUGCACAUCCUGUGGAACGUGGUCAACCCCACCACGGACACCACCACGGUCUACAACGGCGGGGCGGACGCCGCCUCCACUCUGCUCGGUGCCAUCACCUCCUUUGCUGCGGGCUUCGUGACGAUACGUUGGGCCCUGUGGGCGGAGCUGGUGAUUGCGGGUGUGACGGCGGUGCAGGCUGGGCUGAUCUUCCUCAUGUACAGCACGAGCAGCAUCUGGCUGUGCUACGUGGCCUUCGUGCUCUUCCGCGGCUCCUACCAGUUCCUGGUGCCCAUUGCCACUUUUCAGAUCGCGUCUUCACUUUCUAAAGAGCUCUGUGCCCUGGUCUUCGGAGUCAACACCUUCCUUGCCACCGUCCUCAAGACCACCAUCACCCUGGUUGUUUCCGACAAGCGCGGCCUGGGCCUCACGGUCCACGAGCAGUUCCUCAUCUACUUUGCCUACUUCCUGGUGAUGUCUGCCGCCUACUUCCUGGGAGCCGUGCUGGUGGGCCUGCGCCACCUCCGGGAGGGCCGCCACCAGCCCCUGCCCCUGGCCCAGGAGCUGCGGAGCCCCGAGGAGAAGGCCGCACAUCUGCUGAGUGUGCAGCCCGCAGCCCUGCCACUGGCCACGGAGAACGGCGUGUGGGCCACAGGGCCGGCCCCACUGGGGCAGAGCCAGCAGCUUGAAACCAAGGCCUGACCCGCUCUCGCAGCCUGACCCAGUGGGCGGCCGGAUUCCUGAUGCCAGAGGUAGCCACCAGUCAUCCUGCACGUCCUCACCGAGCCUGAGACCUUGACAUCUCAGAACCGACGUGUCCCUGGCAGGUCGCCUGGCCUCCUGGUGUUGGGUUUCCAGCACUGUCCAAAUUCCAGUAUUCAGACUUUGGAGCCAGUGACUAACGGGGCCCUAUGUUGUCUGUCCUCGUGACCCACGCCUCAGGGACAGGGCCUUGGCUUGUCCUGGGCGGCCCAAGCACUGUGCCCCUCAGCCCUGCUCACCUCUGCCAUGGCCUGGAGCCUGCUGGGUGCACGGGCAGCUGUCAGGCUGCUGUGGGCGCGAGUGCUGUCCCCUGCCCACACGUGGCUGGUGGUGGGGUUUCACGUGCCCACCAUGCCUCCCAGCCUUCACUGGGGAUACAAAUCCCGCUUGUCCUGGGGACUGGCGAGGUGGUCUUGGACGCCAGCCCCACGGACUGCAGCCCCCACAGGGUGUCCUGGGCCCUGCAGGGCAGGGGUGGGAGCCUGGGUUCCUGGGGCAUGUGACAGUCACAGUUGUCCAGGUGCUUGCAUUUUAAACAGUGCAGUGUUCCUUUUUUUUUAACUGAUUUAGUUGAGAAACCUCCUUGGGCUUCUGUUUCUGUAGGAGAAGCCGGGCGGGGGGCAGGGCAGGUGUUUCCUCGCCGUGUGGAAGCAGGACGCUGGUGUCCUGGGAGCUGGUUCCUCGCUUCUCCCCAGGCCCUCCGUUGUCCUCCCGCUGUUCCUGAAGUGGGCAAACGCUGACCUACCUCCUGGGUGACAGGGCUGUGUGGGGCUGCUCACACCAGCCCAGAGGACUUGCCCCGUGCCACCCUGGGCGUGCCACCUUGGGGUCUAAGAACCAAUCGUGCGUCCCUCUGAGAUGUGAGAUGGUCUGCUUUUCCCAAAAUACAUUAAAAAGACCACACCACUGGA